AUGUACAUUCCAUAUACAUCAGAUCUUAUUAUAUCAAAUAGUAUGUUACAUUCAACAAAUACUACUACUAAUAAUACUACUAUUAUGAAUACUAAUAUUAAUGAUCAAACUACAACUGAUUUAUGUAAAUUACAUAAAAAUGAAAUAAACAAUGAUCAUAAUUUUGGAAAUUAUUCUAAUUCAGAUCAAAUUUAUCCCAUAAAUAAAACUUCAUUUAAAUAUGAUUUUGAAAAAUUCGGCACAUCUUACACAAUGGAUUUGAAUACUCAGUUAACACCAAUUAAAUUAAACAAUAAUAAUAAUGACAGUAUUAAAAAGUCAUUACCACCCGACUUAUUAAUGAAUUAUCAAACUGAAUUAGUGGAACGUAAUCCGAAAUCUUUUAAUUUUAAAAAAGAAACCGUACAUCAAAAAAUAAUCGAUAAUAAUAAUAAUAACAUACAUAAUAAACAUGAUCAUUCUAAUCAUUUGUGUACUCUUAGUAACAAUGUAUUUACUUCUAAUCAUUUUAUGAAUUCUCUUACUAAUAUAUCGAUAUCAACACCAUCUUCUAUGAUACAUUCAAAUCAUUCACAUUAUAAUGGAAUAAAUUCUAAUCAUUUAUCAAAAUCAAAAAAUCAAUCAUCCAUUAAAAAUUUUACGGAACAUAUCAAAUCAAAUUUUGAAAUUUAUGAUUCAAAUAUAAAUAAUUCAUUAAUAAAUAAAAAGUAUAAUUGUCGUUCACAAUUAAAUAAACGUCAACGACGUCAACGAACACAUUUUACUAGUCAACAAUUACAAGAAUUAGAAGCAACAUUUGCUAGAAAUCGUUAUCCUGAUAUGAAUUUACGUGAAGAAAUAGCUACAUGGACAGAAUUAUCAGAAGGUCGUGUAAGAGUAUGGUUUAAAAAUCGUAGAGCGAAAUGGCGAAAACGUGAAAGACAUCUAGAUGUUGUAUUACGUGGAACUAUAACUAAUCCUUUUGUGCCAUUAAUUCGUUCUGGAGUUGGACAUCCACCGAAUGGAUUCGUCAACCAUCCAAUAUAUGGAACAACUGGACAUAGUUUUCCAUCAGUACGACAAAAUCAAUUAUCUAAUACAAUUUUAACAUUUUCACAACCACAAGGAUCUUAUUUUCAUAAUUCUUCCACGAAUAAUUCGCGUAAUCCUUAUCCAUUUGUAUCUAACUUACCAUGUGAUAAUGUAUUACCAAGUUUGAUAAAUAGAACUAGCCCGAAUUCUCUAAAUCAACCUUUUGCUGAUUUUCCAAAUGAUAAUCGGAGUGAUACAGAUGAGUUUCAUAGUUAUCAUGUUGGCUUGCCAGGUACAUAUCCGCUUAAAUCUAUCAGCAGUGGCAGUAAUAAUACUAAUACUACUAAUAAUGUGUCAGUCUACUCUACACCAUAUUAUAUGUCACAGAAUGAAACAAAUUUACACAUGGGAUUACCGGUACGUUUACCUCAUUCAACAUGGAUAACACAUUUCAAUAAUACCGAUAAUAAUAAUAAUAAUAAUAAUAAUAAUAAUAAUAAUAAUAAUAGUAAUGACAAUAAUAAUAAUUUACAAUCUACAGAUUUCAGUGCAGCAGCUUUUGCAGCAUCAAACAUGUUGAAUACCUAUUCAUCAGUAAUUCAUGGAAUCAAUUCAACAAAUCUACUUGGUUUCAAUACGAAAAAAGAUUCUAAUAAUUAUCCUUCUUUCGCUUCUUCAUCAAGUUCAUUUUUAUCUAAUGAAACAAUCAAUCAUACAGUUAAUCCGCUAUUAAGUUAUUCAAAUCACUUACAAAAUACAAGUUUACGACCAUUGGAUGCAUCAUUCACUACUGAAAAUACCGUCACUAACAGUAGUUGUCUUGAAUCGACGUUAUUUUCAUCAGGAACACUGUCAUCGAUAGGAACAACAUCAGUGACAGGAUUAACAAGUAUGCCUAAUUGGCCAUCUAUAAACAAGCCUAUGAAUUCAAAUCAGUACAUAGAUGAUUUUCCUUCAAUAAAAAUGAACACACGUAUGGAUGAUGAAAUCAAACUUCAUUCAAAACAAUUUUUAUUUGAUGAUAUAAAUAGUUCAUUGAAAACAUUGAAAGAUACCAAAGAUUUUAUGAAAACUUCAUUUACAAGUGAAAAUAAACAUUCUUUGCAACAAGUAAUCAAUUCCGAUCAUAAUACUACUAAUAUAAGUAAUAUACAUGAUUCAGAACUAACUGACAGUAUACAUUUCGAUAAUUUUAUUCAUCCUUUUAUUGUAAAAAAUGAAACUUAUUUUAAUACAAAUGAAAGUACUGAACCUAUAGAUUGUAUGAAUACAAAUCGUAAUUUUUCAUCAUCACCUUCAACCACAAUACCUUCGGUAUUAAAUUCACUAUCUACAAAGAAAUAUGAUUACUUACAAUUAAUGAAUUCAUCACAAUCAAAUGAAUUAUUUUUUGAUAAUACCAACCAUCGUAAAGUAAAUGGACAAAAUUUCAAAUUAGAAGAACCAUUAUCUAUGAACAAAUCAUUGAUUCAGUAUCAUCCAUAUCGUCAACAUAUGCGUCAUACACAACCACAAUCAUUUCAAAACCAGAUAAAUGAACCUGUACUUAUGAUACCUGGUAGUACAAAUAAUUUUUCAUUUCUACCGACUGCAGCUAUGAUGGCCGCAGCUGCUGCCGUAAAAAUGAAUACAAAUGUAUGUAAUGCUACAAAUUUUAACGAAUCAAAAUCAUUAGUACAUAUUAUGUCAAAGAAUUCUAUUCCAACUAAUACAAUGACUAAUCCAACAUUAUCAGAACGAUAUACAAAUUUAGGCAAAUUCUCUACUAUAUCAGACACAAUUUUAACAGACGCUUCAAGAACAACAAUAGUAUCAUCAUCUUCAUCAUCAUCAUCAUCAUCGAAUAUUAUAAACGAUAAACAAACUAACCAUGGAAAUUAUCGAAAUUCAAUGUUGACGCAUUAUGUUCUACCACAAAGUAUUCAUGAAACAAAUCAAUUAAAUGAAAUUAAUCCAAUUUCAAGUUCAAAUAUUUAUCAAUUCUAUAAUUAA